UGAAGCUCUUGAUCCUGAAUCUACAGAUAUAUUUUAUCAAUCUUUGACAGAUGAUCAUUAUCCACAUAGACCAAACGAAUUAGAAAAUACGUCUCUUUAUGAAUUUGCACAGUGGUACGAUAUCUCAAAGAUCAAACCGAAAAAUAAGUUUAUUGAAUAUUAUAAAAUAGGUAAUGGUUGUUAUCUUAAACGGCGACAGCGCGGAUAUCUUAUUAAUCAUUUUAGAUAUAAUGUUAAUACACAGCCGGAAAAUUAUUUCUUUGCGUUAUUGCUUAUGUUUAAACCAUGGCGAAAAUUAGAGGAUCUUAAAAAUGAAUGCGAUACUUAUACCGAAUCGUUUCACAAAGUAAAACUGCAUCUUAAAGAAGCAUUGCAAUAUCAUGAAAGAUUAGAAGAAUUGCAAAAAGCAUUUGAAACUGCAAAACAGUUAGUUCAGCAAUGCUUAGAUGACGAUUUGCAAAAAGAGCAGUCUCAGGAUGAUCCUGAAAAUGCAAUAGGUAUUCAAAAUAUAGAGGCUGGUGAAGCAAUGCAAGAUUUUAAAGAUCUUGGUGAUAGAGCAAUUCAAGAAAUUGAUGUAUCUGACAUGAUAGUAAAAUUAAAUACGGAUCAAAAACGAGUAUUUGAUAAAGUUACCAAUGCUGUAGAGUCCGAUAAAUCAAUAUUACGAUUAUAUGUUAGCGGAGAAGGUGGUACUGGAAAAAGUUUCUUAAUCAAGACUAUUAAAUGCUGGAUAAAACAAAAUCUCAACAAAGAUACUGCUGUAACAGCACCUACUGGUAUAGCAGCAUUUAAUAUAGAUGGUUUGACAGUUCAUAGAUUGCUUCAAUUACCCGUUGAACAUGGUCAAACUCAUAAGUAUAAACAAUUAUCUGAUUGUGUAUUAAAAGUUUUACGAACAGAUCUUAAAGAUGUUAUUCUUUUCGUAAUUGAUGAAGUGUCAAUGAUAUCUAAUUUGACUUUAAUAUAUAUUCAUCUUCGAUUGUCUGAGAUAUUUGAUACUAGUGAUUGCGAUGAUGGUUGGUUUGGUCGAAAGCAUAUUCUUUUAUUCGGAGACUUGCUUCAAUUGCCUCCUGUACGCGAAGAUCUUAUCUUUACACAUUUAUCCGCAAAAAUUGCUAAUUAUCUUGGUUCUUUAAAUGCUGUUAAUUUAUGGAUUACAUUAUUUGAAUAUGAUGAAUUGAUAAUCAAUAUGCGUCAGCAAGGAGAUAAUUCAUACCGUGAAUUAUUGUCGCGAAUUCGUAUUGGUUUAGUGACAAAAUCUGAUUGUAAAAUUCUAGAGAGUAGAAAAAUAUCUUUCAAAGCUGAUUCUUUCGAAUCUAGAUUAAAUGAAUUAUGUGAUUUUAUUAACAGUUUAUCAUCGGACACUGUUUGUUUAUUUCCUACUUGUAAUAUGUGUGAUGUCCUUAAUAAUGCAAUGUUAAGUCGCAUUACUUCCAAAGAAAUAUUAUUAAUUGCUGAAGAUACGAUUGAUUGUACAUCAUAUGUAAAAAAGAAAGUAUUAAAAGUAUUGUCAAAUAACGAUGAUGAUAGUUCUCGAACAGCUGGACUUUCAAAACAAAUUACAAUUAAAAUUGGAGCAAAAGUUAUGAUUCGGCGUAACAUCGAUGCCAGUUUGGGUCUUGUAAACGGUACAAUUGCUAAAGUAAUUUCAAUUGUACGAGAAACAUCUACUGAUGACGUAGAAAAGAUUAAACUUCUUUUACCAUCAGGUUUAGAAUAUGAAAUUGAAAGAGUAACGGCUAAAUUUCAGGUAUUGGAUAGAGCGUAUGUGAUUCGAAAACAAUUUCCAUUAUCUUUAAGUUAUGGCAUCACUAUUCAUAAAAGCCAAGGAUUAAGUUUGCAAAGUGUUGUUAUGGAUAUUGGCAACUCUGUAUUUAGUUGUGGUCAAAUUUAUGUUGCCUUGUCGCGAGUAACAUCUCUAGAAGGAGUGCAUUUAAUAAACUUUGAUCCUUCAGCAGUAAUAGCUAACGAAAAAGCUAUUAUUGAAUAUAAUCGUUUAAAACAGAUAUACAAUCCGAAAGCAGAAAUGAUUGCUGUGUCAAAAGAACGUUGUCGUAAAGUAAAAGAUGUUCCAUGGGCGUUACCAAAAAUAGUUACUUCUGUUCAAAAAUCAAAUUCAGAUCGAAAAAUUCAACAUACGGUUUCAAAGAAAAGAAUUCAAAGCACUGCUUGGAUCAUACGUGGUUUUCAGAAUACAGACAAGAUUUCAUGUUAUGCAAAUACAGUAUUGCAAUGUUUAUUACAUUUAAAUAUUAUUAAGCAGCAGUUGAUUAAUUGCGAUAAAACAGACGUUUUACCACAAGAUGGUAAAUUAAUAAAAGCAGAAAACAAAUUUAAUUUAUGUGCUGUUCCAACAACUAAAGUAUUAAUAGCGGGACAAUUGUACAAGACGAUGAGUGCUAUACUUUAUGAUAGUUCGUGCACCGAUGAAGGUCAUUAU